CAUGACUGUCAGGGUGGCCGCGCGUACUGCCGGGUUAACGAACGCACGGCAGCGGGCGCCUGCCUUUACAGCAAGCCCGUGGACGCCAAGGUCGCGCCGACGCCUAUGAGGAAUCAUUCACGCACGCAGGCCACUCGAAUGGGAAGGUCGAGAGUCCCUCGCGAUGGCGGACCGAGGGGCCCCGGAAAAACAAGAUAGCGUCCAGACAGCUCUGUGUCCGAGCCGACAAAGCCGUAUCUUCGCCGCGUCUUUGCACCCGCGUCGCCCUUUUGAGAGGAAAACAAGGCUUAGCGCUGAGAGCGCAGACGAGUGCAGAAGGGCGCCCUCUCGCGAGCUUGAAGAGACUUCAGGCCAUCGUUUCACUGCGAGGUACUGUCCCAGCUCUCAAAUCGCGCGCUCCUCACGCGACCCCGUUCACAACGACUGCCUACCGAUAACUCAUCGCUCGCAAAACGAAACGAAACGGCGCUCCAGAAAAAAAAAAAAGAACGUCAUUGCACCUUGGCCCAACUAAACAAAUAGCUUCGUCAGCGGUGAGAAUGCGGGAGGAGAGGCCUGCAGACCUUGUCUUGUCUACGUACACCCGACGCUCGCUCAGUCGCCCUCUCUCUCUAUCUGUGCGUCUCUAGGUAGGGGAGGGAAACACAGCAGCGAGAAGCCUAAUGUACCAAGAAAAAAAAGAAAGGAAACGAACCAAAAGAAACACAUGCGUGUCGAGAAACACCUCGCCGCAAUUCGCUUCGCUUUAGAAUGCAAUGCGCGUAUAUGCCACCUGCUACCCCGCUACGGUCGUGACGGCACGGUAAGUCCAUCUCUUCACAAGUGGUCCCCUGCAUGGCCCGUGAUUAGAAGCACCUGUCUUCCGUGGUCGCCAUGACAGUCGGGGACCAGACGUCUGCCUGUGCCGACGAGAAAAACGGACCCGCAGCCGCCUCUCCGAGCAACGGAAAGAAGGGAAUACCUCGCUAUGGUCCGGACAGCGUGCACAGUUGGAUGACGGCAGGAGCAUGUGCUCUUGCAACGUUUUUCGGUGUCGGUGGAAGAAGGUCAAGCGGCUUCUUGUACGUGGCCAUAUUGGAUACGUUCAACGCCACCAGGUCACAAGCUGCAUGGCCCAUCAUAUUACUUGGCGGUGUCCUACUACUCACAGGUGUCGUUGCUGGGCCAUUAGCGCACCGGUACACUCCACGGCCGGUGGCCAUAGUCGGCGGUACUAUUGGAGCCCUCGGCCUCAUCGUAUCCUAUUUCGCAACCAACAUUGAAUACCUCGUUUUCAGCUUGGGCAUUGUUCAUUCCAUCGGGAGUGGCAUGCUGUUCGUCGUUAUUCCGACUGUCAUCAACGAACACUUCAUUCGGUACAAGGGCCUUGCCAUGGGCAUCAAUUUCGCCGGCGCCACCAUGGGCACGUUUGUCUUUCCGAAGUUCCUCGAAUUGGCGACCAACCAGUACGGAUUCAAAAGUGCCCUUCUGCUCUUCGGUGCUCUUUGCCUCAAUGCUGUUGCCUUCAGCCUGUUCCUGCGUCAACCUUCGUGGCUGAAGAAAAAGCUGAAGGAACAGAAGGAACAGCAUGUUCAGGCGGAGAAGUUGCGCAGCGUAAACGAUACUUCGGAGCACCUCGUCAAUGGCUGCCGCAUCGCUAUUCCGAACGGGUUAGCAGACGACAAGACAAGCGUCAAGAAGCUCGAAUUAGUGCCUGGAUCAUUUCGUCAUGGGCUCACCGUGUUCUCGUGCCCCAUGUUUUACGUGGUGAUGUACUCUUACAUUGCGUUUAGCUUCGCAUUCGAGUGCUACAUCUCGCUGCUGGUGGACUUCACCAUCGACCGCGGAGUCAGUGUGUCUAACGCGGUGACCGUGCUCUCCACCAGUUCGGUGGCUGAUCUGAUUGGUCGGCUAACGCUUCCUGCGCUGGCCGACAAAGGAUACUUCACUCGGCAAGCCCUGAUGACCGUCAGCUUCGCGUGGAUGGGAUGCCUCUACAUCAUGCUUCCCUUAGCCGAGAGUUACGCCGUGGUGUUCACCAUGGCAGCUGCGAUUGCUUUCUGCAUCGGCACCACUGUAGUGCUUUUCUCUGUGCUGUGUGCGGAGUAUGUGGGCAUCGAGCGAGUGUCUAUGGCCUACGGCAUGGUGUCCGCUUCGGCAGGGAUGACGUCGCUAGCGAAGCCACUCGUCAUAGGUUACUUCCGGGACAAGGUGGGAUCCUACGACAACCUGUUUCGCCUGUGCGGCUCCACGGUGACGCUGGCCGCCAUCAUCUGGAUCUUCGUUCACAUCAGGAUCUGCGCCACCUCCAAGCAUACGUGGACGUUGGGAAAUGGCCCACUGUGUGGCUCCCAGGACGCCAGUGUAAAAACGAAGAACCAACCUUGAAGCGGCCGUUCUCGAAGCGAACGUGAAAUAUGAGCGCGUUGCGAAUCACCCAUGCGCUUUUGCGCCAACGCCCGUCGUUGGCGCCUGCAUUAUCUGCAUGAAUGUGCUUGCGCGAGAGUCCCGUUGCUGAACCACCAUUCGCGAGCGUAAAUCAUUCCGGCGCGUGCGGGUUGUGUGCGUAGGUGAAUUGCUUCUUAUCGCCGCGCGCUAUAGAAGGAGCGAAGGAGUGACCUGCUUUAGUUUCGUACAAACAUCUGUCUACAGAGCCACCCACACACUACUAUUGCCUAUUGAAAGACCUAUCAAGAGUUUUGUUGAGUGCGGCACGCGCUAUCCACACUUUUAAAGAAGCCACUUCGACUCGCUUGGAGCUAUAAUUAUACGCAGUGACGAAUUUUGCGUAGAGUGAAUGUUCGGUCGAAGGACAAGCUCAAUGGGCAGAGACCACACGCGUUGCAUGCUGUACCACUGUACCUUAGCUCUUUUUCUGGCUGUCAGGCACUGAACGACUGCAUCACAAAUUACUUGCAUCCCAGACAAUCGGUGCUGGCCCAUUAUCAGUGGUUCUCGUGCAUCGGAGAUCUUGAAAUUUGGUUGGAUGUUGCAGCGGCAUUUCUGGACAUGAAAGUUUUUUUCUUAAAUUGGUAUUACGGAAGGGUGUGUCCGAAGAAAAAUUACAAUAAGAACUUCUAUUAAUAACUAUGCAUACAUGCACGACACUGCAGACAUUCAUCUAAUAUAUGGCGAAUGUCUUGCGCCAUCAUUUUUGUCAUCAAUUGUACGGCAUCUACGACUCUUCAUCGUAAAGUGAAGAACAAUACAAGCGAAAACUACCUCCACACAAAACAUUGCAAUAAACCCGAAUAAAAAGAAUUUGUCUGCCUCCCUGUGA